UCUUUCCCGGGCUGGGCCGGAAGUGGGGUGAGGCGACGCGGAGGCGAGCCCCGGCGACGACGAGUCCUCAGAUCGCCCCGCUAGUCGCUCGCGUCGCUGGCAGCAUCCUCAAGCUUCUCUCCCGGGUGCCCCGUGCCGACGGCCAGACCAGCACCAUGUCUAUUCUCAAGAUCCACGCCAGGGAGAUCUUUGAUUCUCGUGGGAACCCCACGGUGGAGGUCGAUCUCUGCACUGCAAAAGGUCUUUUCAGAGCUGCUGUGCCCAGUGGGGCCUCAACUGGCAUCUAUGAGGCCCUGGAGCUGCGGGACAAUGACAAGACACGCUACUUGGGAAAAGGUGUCUCACAGGCGGUCGAGCACAUCAAUAAAACUAUUGCGCCUGCCCUGAUUAGCAAGAAGUUGAAUGUCGUGGAGCAGGAGAAGAUUGACAAGCUGAUGAUCGAGAUGGAUGGGACAGAAAACAAAUCUAAGUUUGGGGCGAAUGCCAUUCUGGGAGUGUCCCUGGCCGUCUGCAAGGCUGGAGCUGUUGAAAAGGGGGUGCCCCUCUACCGCCACAUCGCCGACCUGGCUGGCAAUCCUGAGGUCAUCCUGCCUGUGCCAGCUUUCAAUGUCAUCAACGGCGGCUCCCAUGCUGGCAACAAGCUGGCCAUGCAGGAGUUCAUGAUCCUCCCCGUGGGGGCCUCCAACUUCAGGGAGGCCAUGCGCAUUGGUGCCGAGGUGUACCACAAUCUGAAGAAUGUUAUCAAGGCCAAGUACGGCAAGGACGCCACCAAUGUGGGCGACGAAGGCGGGUUCGCACCCAACAUCCUGGAAAAUAAGGAAGCCCUGGAGCUGCUGAAGGAGGCCAUCGGGAAAGCCGGCUACACCGACCAGGUGGUCAUCGGCAUGGACGUCGCUGCCUCCGAGUUCUUCCGCAGUGGAAAGUACGACCUGGACUUCAAGUCCCCCGAUGACCCCAGCCGCUACAUCAGCCCCAGCCAGCUGGGCGACCUGUACAAGUCCUUCAUCCAGCAGUACCCAGUGGUGUCUAUUGAAGACCCCUUCGACCAGGAUGACUGGGACGCUUGGAGCAACUUCACCGCCACCGCAGGCAUCCAGGUGGUGGGGGAUGACCUCACGGUGACCAACCCCAAGCGCAUUGCCAAGGCUGUGCAGCAGAAGUCCUGCAACUGCCUGCUGCUGAAGGUCAACCAGAUUGGCUCCGUCACCGAGUCCCUGCAGGCGUGCAAGCUGGCCCAGUCCAACGGCUGGGGCGUCAUGGUGUCCCAUCGCUCGGGAGAGACGGAAGACACCUUCAUCGCUGACCUGGUGGUGGGGCUCUGCACUGGGCAGAUCAAGACCGGCGCGCCCUGCCGCUCUGAGCGCUUGGCCAAGUACAACCAGCUCCUCAGGAUUGAAGAGGAACUGGGCAGCAAGGCCAAGUAUGCCGGCCGGAAGUUCAGAAACCCCCUGAAAUAGGCCCUCCAGGCAGCAGCCAGCCGCUGAGCCCCAGCCCCUGCCCCACUGGGGGCAGCCCGGGCCCAGCACUGCUUGCGGGUCUCUGGCACCUCCCGCCCGCCAUAUGCUCGCCGCUUCCGUAGAACCACGGCCGGCCCAGCUGUGAUCACGUGCUGCACCGUCAUUGUCGUCGUGUCGUUGCUGCUGCCCCACGUCUGGAGCUGUGUGUGUGUCCAUAGUGUCAUCUCAGAAGGGCCCAGGCAAGCUCCCCGUGAUUUUGUGUGCAGAAUAAAUAAUAAAACGAGCCCAGUGACCCGUAGGAAAA